AUGACUAUCACUAUCACCGUGGAGAAGGAUGGCUUCUACGAGGUCAACGGCACUCGUCAAGAGCCAAAUGUUUCCUUAUAUGUCAUUCCCGCCGCAUCCAAGUUGCGCCGCAUGUUGAAGGACUCCAAGGAGCUGAUUGUGUGUCCUGGAGUCUACGAUGGUCUGUCUGCGCGUAUUGCGAUGGAGCUCGGCUUCAAAGCCAUGUACAUGACCGGUGCAGGAACCACUGCUUCCAGACUCGGAAUGGCUGAUCUUGGCCUGGCCCAGCUUCACGACAUGCGCACCAAUGCAGAGAUGAUUGCCAACCUUGAUCCCUUCGGACCCCCCCUCAUCGCUGAUAUGGACACUGGAUACGGAGGUCCCCUCAUGGUAUCCAAGUCCGUCCAACAAUAUAUCCAGGCUGGUGUCGCCGGUUUCCACAUUGAAGACCAAAUUCAGAACAAACGUUGUGGCCAUCUCGCAGGCAAGAAGGUCGUGGGCCGCGAGGAAUACAUGACUCGCAUUCGCGCGGCCAAGCAGACCAAAGAACGUCUGCACUCGGACAUUGUCCUCAUUGCCCGCACUGAUGCCCUCCAGCAACACGGAUACGAGGAGUGUAUUGAGCGCCUCAAGGCUGCGAGGGAUCUUGGAGCUGACGUCGGUCUCCUUGAGGGAUUCACAUCCAAGGAGCAGGCACGCCAAGCGGUGCAAGAUCUCGCUCCUUGGCCCCUCUUGCUCAACAUGGUAGAGAAUGGUGCUACCCCCAUCAUCACCACCAAAGAGGCCCAAGAGAUGGGAUUCCGCAUCAUGAUCUUCUCCUUUGCUUCUCUUGCACCUGCUUACUUGGGAAUUCGUGAUUCUUUCCAGCGCUUGUUGACCGAGGGUGUUGUUGGAACCCCCGAAGGUCUUUCCCCUCGCAAAUUGUUCGAGGUUUGUGGUCUGUCUGAAUCUAUGAAGGUAGAUACCGAGGCUGGAGGUGAUGGCUUUGCUAACGGAGUUUGA